GCGCCGCUCGAGGAGUGACAGUGCCGCAGUGUGUAGCAGAGUGUGACCAAGUGUGGCCAAGUGUGACAGUGUGGCGACUAGAGGAAGCCGCGCUCCGCGCAGUGCGGCAAGGAAGUGGGGACCAACCCUUGACCCGACCACCUGAAGGCCCUUGAGGGUUCCCGGCAGUUCUCUCCUCCCACCGCGGCGGCCGGUUCGUGGAAGUGGCCCAGCUGGUCGGGUUGUCAUUAGAACGGGCCGUAAGUGUCCCGGAUCGUCCAUCAUUGAUGCUGAGGGCCUCGGCCGAGGCGGGGAGGAAGGAGGGCUUCCCCUGGGAAGAGGCCGUUGUGCAAGUUGGGAUGACCGGUCGUUAGGCCGCGACCAUGGUCCGAGGCCGGGGCCUCCGCGGCCUCCAAGGCCUGGGCCUCCGAGGCCUGGCCCUGCACCUGGCCGUCGUGGUGCUGGUGCUGCUGCAGCUCGCCUCCGCCAGCGCCACCAACGAGUGGUCCGCCGAGCAGAGCGAGGAGUGGGACGAGGAGGAAACAGUGUCCAGCGUGAGCGUGGAGGCCGUGCUGGACGGCAAAGUGUCGCUGCCCUGCGACAUCGACCCCAGCGACAAGACCUCCGACCGCGUCAACAUGGUGCUGUGGUUCCGGGACGCGUCGGGCAAGCCCAUCUACACGUUCGACGUGCGCGGCCGGCCCUACAAGGAGGCCCAGGUGUGGUCCGACCCCGCCUGGCUGGGGCCGCGCGCGCACUUCUCGACGGCGCACGCCGUGGAGGGCGUCGCACCGCCGCGCCUGCCCAACACGCCGUACCGCACCGCCGAGCUCUCCAUCGACCGCGUGCAGCUGUCCGACGAGGCCGUGUACCGCUGCCGCGUCGACUUCAAGACGUCGCGCAGCAAGAACUACCAGGUCAACCUCACCGUCAUCGUGCCGCCCACGACGCUCAUCAUGUACGACGCCUCGGGCCGCGACGUGACGGGGGGCGUGGUCGGCCCACUGGUGGACGGCAGCGACCUCAUCCUCAAGUGCGAGGUCCGCGGAGGUCGUCCGCCGCCCACGCUGACGUGGUUCGUCAACAACCGCGUGGUGGAGGGCUUCGUGGAGCGGCCCGAGGACAACGUGCUGGUGUCGCGACUGCAGGAGCACGCCAUGAUGCGCAGGCACCUCAACAACACCUACCGCUGCCAGGCGUCCAACACCAAGCUGCGCGACCCCACGCAGCACUCCGUGCGCCUCGAGAUGAUACUGGACCCGCUGAUGACGCGGAUGGUGGCCAAGCCGGACCACCUGGUGGCGGACCACGAGGCCACCAUGACGUGCGAGAGCAAGGGCUCGCGGCCCCAGGCCGUCAUCUCGUGGUGGCGCGCGCGGGGCCACGACGGCGUCAAGACAGCCUUCCGACGAGGACGGAUGGAGAACACCUCGUCGGAGGACCUGGUCCGCAGCGUCCUCACGUUCGUCCCCCAGCCGUCCGACGACGGCGCCGUCAUCCUCUGCAUGGCCACCAACCCCGAGCUGCGCUCCGACAAGAAGUUCAACGAGGACCGGAAGAUGUCGGACAACAUCACCCUCAACGUAGUCUAUCCACCCAUCGUGUCGCUCAAGCUGGGCGCGUCCCUCAACCCCGACGACAUCAAGCAAGGCGACGACGUGUACUUCGAGUGCGACAUCCAGGCCAACCCCCGGAACCGAGGCAUCUGGUGGUUCCAUAAUGGGACGCCGGUGACGCACAACGUGUCGGCGGGCGUGGUGCUGUCCACGCAGAGCCUGGUGAUGCAGGGCGUGACCCGCGCCCACGCCGGCCACUACGUCUGCAAGGCGGCCAACGACCAGGGCGAGACGGCCAGCCAGCCCGUGCGCCUAAGGGUCAAGUACGCGCCAGUGUGCCGCACCGCGGCCCCCGUCAUCGUGGGCGCCUCGCUGGACGAGACGGUGCGGGUGCACUGCGCCGUGGACGCGGACCCGCGCGACGUGCGCUUCACGUGGCGUCUCACCAACAGCGCGGACACCUUCGAGGUGGCGCCGCAGAAGACGGGGCCGCACAACGCCACCACGUCCGAGCUGCGCUACCAGCCCGAGUCCGACAAGGACUACGGCACGCUCACCUGCUGGGGCCGCAACAGCGUGGGCGGGCAGACCGACCCCUGCGUCUUCAGGGUCAUCCCUGCCAUGCGGCCCGGGCCCGUCCACAACUGCACGCUGCGCUCCGCCCCCGCGUCCAACGGGUCCUCGCUGCAGCUGCUGGCCCCGGUGGCGCCGGGCAGCGGCACGGGCAACGCCCUGGGCCACGGGCUGGGCGAGGCGCCGGCGCCGGGCUCCGGCGUGCUGGACGUGGAGUGCAUGGCGGGGCCGGACGGCGGCCUGCAGCAGACCUUCCACCUGGAGGCCUACGAGUCCCGCACCAUGAAGCUGCGCCACAACGCCACCUCCUCCGAGCCCGCCUUCCGCCUGGACCCCGGGCAGCUGCUGCCGGCGCGGACCCACACGCUGCACCUCGUGCUGUACGCCAGCAACGCCAAGGGACGCAGCCAGCCGCUCACCAUGGACGGCAUCACCCUGCGCGCCCGGGAGCGGCACGUCGAGUACAUGGGCGACGGAGAGGGGCUGUCGCAGCCCCUGCUGUACACGCUGGUGGCCACGGCCGCGCUGCUGCUGCUGGCCGGCUUGGUGGUGCUGUGCCUGGCGUACCGGCGCCGCCAGGACGGCCACCCGGGCGCGGCGGCCGGCGUGGCCAAGGCCAGCCGCCACGGCAACCAGCUGGACAUCAAGCAGGACCAGUGCUACGUGGUGUCGUACACGCUCAAGUCUGCGGCGGACUGCGCCAGCGAGAGGAAGCCGGACAUCCUGGAGACCCCGAGAGGGAACGGUGAGGCCGCUGCAUUCAACGCGCUCAACGCAGCCCUGUCAGGGUGAUGAUGACGGUUCUCGCUGUGUUUGUCCGCAGAGAC